UUUUCAGUGCUCUUCGAGCAGUGCGUCGGUCUGGAUCUGGCCGAGUUCUUUUGUCGGGUUGCGCGAUUAAAAAUUUGUAUAUUCGUUUUUAAUUUGAAGAGUCUUUAAGUGUUUCUGACGAGUAGAGAAUCAAGACUGUGUAAAUCUAAGUUAUCCACAGCUUAGGCCACAGCAUGUCAGCUGUACAGUUUUUAGUUCUUUUGGCAUUGAUUUCGUGCAGUGGCGCCAAUGAAGAUUCUCUAGUGAUAAAAAUUGGAGCUAUAUUUUUCGACACGGAAAUGAAGUUGGCCGAAGCCUUCAGUGUGGCAGUGGAGGAAGUGAAUGCCAUUAAUCCUGCCUUGAGAUUGGAACCCAUCAAGCACUAUCUGAGUAUUGACGACAGCAUUGUGCUGCAAGAUCUGUCUUGUGACUUGAUUGGAAAUGGGGUGGCCGCUAUUUUCGGACCAAGUUCAAAGACGAACAGCGAUAUAGUCGAAGUUCUGUGUAAUACGACGGGUAUACCGCAUCUGCAGUUCGAUUGGCAGCCCCAACAGUCGUUCAGGGAGCGUCUCAACCACCAACUCACUGUGAAUGUCGCUCCAAUGGAACUAAUGCUGUCUAAGGCUUUUUCCGAUAUUUUGGGUAGCAAAAGCUUCGACUGGAAGUCCUUUACCAUCGCCUACGAGAAAAAUACUCACCUUAAUCGCCUGCAGCACAUCCUAGCAUGGAAACAACUCCAUAAAACAGGAAUCAAGAUGCAGGAAUUCGAGCGUGGAAGUGACUAUAGAAUUCUCUGGAAGCGCAUAAGCAACGCUCGUGAGAAGUUUGUUCUUCUUGAUUGUCCGUCCGAAAUUUUGGUGGACGUGAUCAACGCCUCAAUUGGAUUCAAUAUGACUGGGUCAUUUAAUCAUUUAUUUCUAACGAAUCUGGAUACACAUGUAAGCGGCGUCGAUCGAUUUUAUUCGCGGGAAUUCACUGUGUCCGUGGCGGCUGUCAGGAUACGAUCCUAUAUUCCCCCGCCAGUUCACGAUGAGAUUGAUGUGUUCGACAAUGAGGUUGAAACCAGGUUUGAUUCACUUGGAACACAGAUGGUUUAUGACUCAGUUGUUCUGUUUUACAACGCUCUUUGGGUAAUAAGUCAACGUCCUGGAUUCUACACUCCUCAGUUUAGCUGUGGGCGAGGCUUUUGGAAGCCAGGACCGCGUUUGGUAGAGGAAAUGAAAAAGCUUUCUCCAAAGAAUGUCAAGCCCCCCUUCAAAACCCAAAGGCUCCAGAUAAAUAGUGAUGGUCAGCGCGAUGAUUUUAACCUUGAAGUCUACAACCCCCUCGUCGAUCGCGUAUCUCAUAUCUGGAACAAGGAGUUCCAGCUUGUGGACUAUAAAUCAAUCAGGGAGAACUCGACUCAGGCCGUCAAACAGAGACGCCUUGACGACAAAGAGGACUUCUCCCAAAAGCCCGUCCGAUAUACAGUGGCCACUCGGGUGGGCAAACCCUACUUCAGUUGGCGUCCGGAACCCGAAGGAGUUCACUACGAGGGAAAUGAACGUUUCGAAGGUUACGCCGUAGAUUUAAUGUACGCGUUGUCCAGGCAAUGCAAAUUUGAUUUCAUCUUUGAACCCGUCAGGGAUAAUAAAUAUGGAAGUUACGAUGCUGCCACAGAUGAGUGGGAUGGUAUUAUCCGACAAUUGAUAGACAAUAAUGCGCAAAUCGGAAUAUGUGACUUGACCAUUACCCAGGCGCGUCGUUCGGUGGUGGACUUCACGGUUCCCUUUAUGCAGCUGGGCAUAAGCAUUCUGUCAUACAAGGAGCCCCCACCGAAGGCAAAUAUUUACGCCUUCCUUAAUCCGUAUGGAGUCGAAGUGUGGCUAUAUGUGAUGAUUGCCAUGAUGAUCACUGGCUUGGCCUUGAUUCUUACCGGUCGCAUGGAUCAAUUCGAGUGGGAGCCGCCGGUGGAAAAUGGGGACCAGGAACUGGAGCGAGAGAACAUCUGGCAUUUGAACAACACUAUGUGGCUGGUCUUGGGAUCGAUCCUCAAUCAAGGCUGCGAUCUUUUACCAAGGGGUCUUCCCAUGCGUUUGCUGACCGCCUUCUGGUGGAUCUUUGCCCUGCUCAUCUCCCAGACCUACAUUGCCAAGUUGGCUGCGUUUAUCACCUCUGCGAAGAUCGCUGGAAAUAUCGGCUCCAUGCACGAUCUCGUUGACCAGAACAAGGUUCAGUUUGGCACCAUCCACGGUGGCGCCACAUCGGUGUACUUUUCUGAAUCGAACGACACUGAAAACCGGAUGGCGUGGAACAAGAUGCUGUCCUUCAAGCCGGACGCCUUCACCAAGAACAACGAGGAGGGGGUGGACCGCGUCAAGCUGAGCAAGGGAGGCUACAAUUUCCUGAUGGAGACGACCAGUCUGCAAUACUACGUCCAGCGAGACUGCGAGCUUACCCAGAUCGGGGAGAGUUUUGGAGAGAAGCACUACGGAAUAGCAGUCCCACUGAAUGCUAACUUCCGUUCCAAUCUCAGCGUGGGAAUCCUCAAGCUCAGCGAGCAGGGCGUUCUGUACAAACUCCGCAACAAUUGGUUCAACGACAACACCACCAAAUGUGACUUGGGUGCCUCGAAUGGCAAUGAUGCCAAGCUUGAUAUGGAUUCAGUGGCCGGCCUGUUUGUGGUGCUUAUCGUGGGCGUGGUUAUAGCAAUUGUGAUUGGCGUCGCAGAGUUUUUGUGGCACGUGCAGCGCAUAGCAGUGAAGGAGAAGAUUCAUCCAAUGCUUGCUCUGAGGGCAGAGUCUUACUUUGUCAUUCGAUUUUGGUUGACCAAAAAGCCGCUGCACACCUAUCGCCAGAGCCGCGAUUCAACUUCGACGGGUUACUCAUCGCUGGAGCAGAUUUCGAGUGCAUCGAGUGUGAAGAAGAAAAAAAGACCAGUAGGUCGCUUACUAGUGGAGUAGAAAGGCUUACGUACAUUUAGCGAAAAAUAAUUUAGCAUAGAAUAAGGAAAAUUUAAAUCAGAUGGGCUCGUACCCAUUUGUCUAUGGCUCUUCUGAUUCUGUAAAUGCCCUCUGUGUAAAUGCGCUUUUAUAUCUCAACACUAAAUAAUGUUGAUGAUUAAAUAUACAAAUUGCACUUCAUUUAUAUGGUUUAUUUUUUGUUUAAAGCCGUAACUUCUUUUAAAAAUAAUAAGAAUUCAAAAACUGACAGAUUUAAAGAUUGAAAAAAAAACAUUAGCAAUAAAAUAUGCUACACAAA